AUGAAAGAGAACAUCGAGCUGACCUCAGCCGCAGCAGCAGCAGCAGGCAUAGUAAUCUUCAUGGAGCUUAAGUUUGUUUGUCUAACGUCGCUUAGAUAUUUCUUGAUCUCUUACAUGUUCGUAGAGUGGGUAAUACUAUUGCACGAUUGUUAUGCACUUUGGGCAAGACCCAUGUGGCGGUUUAUGUCCGCCACCCAAACGGCCACUACUCUAACUGUCGCCAAUCAACCACAAGACACCAGAAAGCUUUGUUGUCAUGGUAACAAGAAAUCAUUAGGAGUAGAUAUGAACAUAAUUAUGGAAAGAUUAGGAAUGGUUUGGGAUCAUGAUGAUGAUAAGAGACGAAUUAUCGUCUCUGAGGAGAUAUUAGAUUUGUUCGCUGAAAAGGAGCCAAGCUUGGACGAAGUGAAGGAAGCUUUUGGUGUGUUCGAUAGAAAUAAAGACGGGUACAUAGAUGUAAAAGAGUUGCAAUAUGCGCUUUCUGAGAUGGGGUAUUUAAGAAUAUCGGAAAGUGAUUGUAGACGAAUGAUUGAUUGGUAUGAUGUCGACAAAGAUUCGAAGAUUAGUUUCAUAGAGUUUUUGAGGCUCAUGGAAGACUGUUUUCGGUGA